AGCUACCGUGGGUUCGCUUUCGGUAUACAGGUGCGCAGCAGGUAAAUUUCGCAGGUGUAGGCUAUUCUACUUUCGUUUUUGAUAUUGUCUCGUCAUGAAUUCUAAGGGUGAUGGGUAAUAAACCUAUGAAACAGCGAUUGACAGCCACCAAAAAAAGGAUAACUAACAGACUUUCAAAAGCUCCAAACGAAUAUGCAAAUGCAUCAAAUUAUGAAGCAACGUCCGUUUCAACGAACUCGGACCAUGGACUGUAUGAAAGACUAGCAGUAGGUGGACAUUAUGAAGAAAUACGAAACCUGAGGAUUAGGCAAGACCUGUUUGUGGUCGCCUUAGACAUCGGGACCUCGUCUUCCGGGUAUGCGAUCUCUUCCUACGACUCCUACAAGAGGGAUCCUUUACAGAUCAGCACGUUCAGCUGGAAGUCCAGGACAGACGGGUUCCAGCACUUCAAAACUCUAUCCGCCGUCCUGCUGAAUCCUAGCGGUGAACUUCACAGCAUCGGGUACGACGCCGAAUACCACUACAUCAACUCCCUGCAGGAGGAAGAGCGGCAGCAAUGGUUCUAUUUCCAGAACUUCAAGAUGAUGCUCUACACCCACCAGAUAUCACGUGAUCUCAUUCUACAUGAUGUAAAAGGAAAGCCCCAAAAAGCUCUUAAGAUCUUUGCCUUCAUCAUACAAGGGUUGAGAGAGGAUUUUACCACUCGGCUGGCGGAACAGAUCAUUCUUGGAGAAGGCGCCGUGGAUGAAGACAUACACUGGGUGAUCACAGUGCCUGCAAUAUGGGACGAAAAAGCCAAGCAGUUCAUGAGAGAAGCAGCGAGACAAGCGGGAAUUUUGAACGACAGAUUAUCGAUAGCUUUGGAACCGGAAGCUGCUGCUCUAUACUGUCGCUUUCUUCCGGUAGAGAAACUGACAGGGUCUAGCCAAGACGAGGAAAUUUCUCAACUUAAGACGUUCUCUCCAGGCGCACAGUACCUAAUAGUUGACCUAGGGGGUGGGACAGUAGACAUCACGGCCCACGAGAUACUCCCUAAUGGAGCUCUCCGAGAAAUCGUUGCAGCUUCUGGUGGAAACUGGGGUUCCUUAGUCAUAAACGACGAAUUCAUUAAUCUUAUAGAGGAUCUCACAGGGACUGAUAUCAUGAAGUUCAUCAAGGAAAACCACCCCGACGAUUUUCUUACAUUUAUGUCGGUUUUUGAAAAUAAAAAGAGGGUUUUCUCUAAGGACGAUGAUAGGGUUAUUCUUCACGUUCCUCAGUCCAUUCGUGAUAUCAUGUGUGAGAGGCUUGGCAAAUCAGUAGAAGACCACAUCGAAGAAAUAGACAGAGCACAGGAAGUGAAAUUUCAGCGCGACAAAAUGUAUAUUUACAACGAAGCUUUCACGAAACUGCUGAGUGGCACCAUUGAAAAAAUAGUCUUACACGUGACAGCGGUCAUAGUGUCGAACAAACUCAAAGUGGAUAGCAUCGUUCUUGUAGGUGGGUUUGCUGAGUGUGAUCUUUUGAAGUCGACAUUUAGGACUUCAUUUCCGGACACCAGAAUACUUGUUCCGGAAGAUCCGGUCCUUGCAGUUCUGAAGGGUGCCGUGCUUUGUGGCAGAAAUCCUCAAAUUCUGCAGACGAGAGUCUGUCGCUAUACAUACGGCAUAUGCACUACUGUCGAUUUUGAUGAAAAAUAUUAUACUCCAGACAAAAAGAUACACAUUGGCGGGAACACGCUCGCAAGGGACAUUUUCAACAUACACAUUAAAGCCAACGAAACAGUCCAUAUCGGACAAAAGGGUACGCCAAAGAAAUAUUAUUUAAACAGAGAUGAUCAAGAUCAGCUAGAUUUAGAAAUCUACGCAUCAACUAAAACAAAGCCCAAGUAUACAACCGAGGACGGGGUAUUUUACUUGGGGAUUUUAGUAAUUAAAAUUCCACAGAUGGCGGCCGUCUGCAAUAAGUCUCGGUACUUUUCGGUCAGCUUUCUGUUAGACGGUACGGAGAUGGAGGUGGAGGCGGUGGACUCGGCGACCAACGAAACGACGGGCGUCAAGUUCGACUUCAUCGGAUGAACAAGAGUGAACGAAAAAACUGUCUCCUAGCGCUUAAAUACUCUUACAUAUACUCAACGCUCAAUGUAUACUCAACGACGCUCUUGGCUUUUGGUUAGUGUUAAUCAGAGAAGAACAAAUUAUUCAUUCUUUUUUCUUCAGUAAAAAAGCAUUAUGUAUAUUUGCCUUUUCAGCAAAAUCCAUGAAAAAGUUUUCCUUUGGAAUAACAAUAAAUAUAAUGCUUUUACUGUUGGUUUUUAGGAAUAUGAUGAUUUCGUUCUUGUUUAAAAAAAUGCAAUUUGCGUCGGCGAUUAUAAAACUUUUUAAAGUGAUAAUUAUUAUUAUUAUUAAAUACAUAAUUACAAGGUGUGUGAAAUGCGAGAUAAAUCGAGGUAAGCUCACUUGAAAAAAGCCAAGAUUAAAGCUGAAUUUCUAUGUAGUUGACAAUAAUACGGCAAUGUGGUUUUUUUUAAUUCAUUUAUGCAGCAAGUGCGCAUUUUGAUUGCUUCCUUUAAUAAAAUAUAUUUAUAUUUACAAUGUAAUUGUAAUAUAUGUAAUUAAAAUUUUACAAAAAAACAUCAAAUACUGUAUAUUUUGAA